AUGGCGGACAUCACCUCGUUAAACCGCAAGCGCGGUAACAUUAAAGGGCAAAUCACCAAGAUUUCUAUUGCCCUCGCUGAAAGAAAAGACGAGAUGGACAUUUUCGAGUUAGAAGCUCUUUUUGAGACAGUGCUGAACAUACAUCAAAAAUUUGAUACGCUAAAAGAUGACUUCUACAAAAUCAUCACCGAAAAGCAAUUUGAGGAAUGUGAAGACUUAUUGUCUCAAGUGGACGAAGAUAUUCAAAACUUGGAGGUAAGCUUGAAAUCAUCUAUUAACAAACUGAAGUUACAGCAUUACAGUGACUCUGUACUAAAACAAAGUAUUGAUACUUCUACACAAGAAAUUAAUUCGAUGAAUGUUGAUCAGCCAAAAAAGGCUUCAAUGAAACUUCCGAAAAUUCCUCUUCCAACUUUUAGCGGAAAAUUUGAGGAAUGGAACUUGUUCAAAACUCAAUUCAAUAGCCUAAUAAAUGAAAAUCCCGAACUUUCUGAAAGUGAAAAGCUUCAUUACUUACGCGGUUCAUUAAAGGGAGAAGCAAAAAUUCUAGAAACGACUGACGAUAGUUUUUCUUCACUCUUUAAAGCUUUAGAACAAAGAUACGAAAACAAAAGAAUAAUUGUCGACUGUCACAUUAACAACAUUCUUAAUAUUCAACCAAUUAAACACGAAUCUGCUAAAGAUCUUCGUAUCAUUUUGGAUAAUGUUAAGAAAAACCUAAGAUCGCUAAAACUCUUGGAUUUCGGAAGAGACAAAUUAUCUAAUGCAAUUUUAUUGAAUGUUGUUCUAGGAAAAUUAGACCGCGAAACAAGAAAGCAAUAUGAACUAACUCUUAAAGAUAAUGAAGUUCCAGAUUUUGAUGCAUUGCUGGAAUUCUUAGAAAGAAGAUGUCAAAUCUUAAAUAGUAUUAGUGCGAAUAUUUCAUGUAAAUCCAAAUCCUUUAUUGUUAAAUCUAAUAACAUUUCGAAAAUAUGUGUCGCGUUUAAAACUCAAACACAUCAAUUGUAUCACUGUGAUAAAUUUAAAGCAAUGAAAUUAUCCGAAAGGAUAGAUCUAGUUAAAAAGCAUCGGCUUUGUUUCAACUGUUUAAGCGAUCGUCAUUUAGUCUCCCAAUGUAAUUCGAAAAGUUCUUGCUUCGUUUGUAAGAAAAAAUUGAAUCAUCAUACUUUACUUCAUAAAUACGUAAACUGCAUUAACAGCAGACAAAAUAACGCAGAUUGCGGUGGUUCGACGGGAACGACUCAGAUUCAAUCGCAAGGACUAAGCCAACAACAGAACAUAAGCAAUUCUGAAUUUGACUCGCAAAUGUCAGAAAAUACUCGCGUCUCUUUCUUUACUAAUGGAAACGAGAAAACUGUUUUGAUAAAUACAGUAAUAGUUUAUGUUAGAGAUUCUACUGGCAUAAGAAGGGGCUUACGCGCAAUUUUGGAUUGUGCAAGUGAAAGUUCAUUCAUCUCUGUUAGGGCAGCGGAAGCUUUGGGUUUGAAACGGGAAAGAAUAAAUAUUCCGAUAAGUGGAUUAAAUGAUUCAGCGCUAAAUAUUAAGAAGAAGAUAUCAGCUCACUUGUCUAAUAAAAAGGAUGAUUCGCAUUGGGAAAUCGACUUAUUAAUUAUUCCAAAAAUCACAGAUUUCACGCCUUCUAAGAAAAUUAAUAUUGCUCAUUUAAACAUUCCAAACGAUAUAUGCUUAGCAGAUCCAGCGUUUUAUAUUCCACAAAAAGUAGAUAUUCUUUUGGGUGCAGAAUUAUUCUUCGCAUUUUUAAAGGCAGAUAAAAGAAAGCUGAAAGAUAACUUGUAUUUACAAUCGAGUUAUUUUGGUUAUCUUGUUUCGGGUAGCAUUUCAGACAGUAGCUCUAAUCAUUCCGCAAAACACUGUUUUUUGUCAAAAAAUUUGGAAACUCUCAAUAUUACUCUAACUAAGUUCUGGGAAAUCGAAGAAGUCGAAAAUCAUUGGCCCUGUAGUGAUGAUGAAUUAAACUACUGCAAUGAACACUUCGCAAAAACGCAUUUCAGGAAUUCGGAUGGUAGAUACGUAGUUCAAAUGCCAUUCAAACCAGAAUGUUCUGAAAUCAUGCUAGGAAAUUCUAAACAAACGGCAUCUAGAAGGUUAGAUCAACUAUGGAAACGAUUAGAACGGGAUCCGGCUAUGAAAGCGCGGUAUACAGAAUUUCUUAACGAAUACAAAACUUUGAAUCACAUGAAAGAAAUAAAAGAAGAUAAGGGAACAGAUGUCGGGUACUAUCUCCCUCAUCACGGUAUUUUUCGACCAGAUAGCAAAACUACCAAAUUGCGCGUAGUUUUCAACGCAAGUGCGAAAACAACCAGCGGACAUUCUUUGAAUGAUUUAUUGAGUAAAGGAGGGGUAAUUCAGGAAGAUCUCUUUUCAAUUCUAAUUAGAUUUAGAAAGUAUAUUUACGCAUUUACCACUGACAUUAAACAAAUGUUCAGGAUGAUUGAAGUAGAUUCUUCUCAAACUAAGCUACAAAAAAUAUUAUGGAAAGAGAGUGAAUUUGCACCAACUAAGAUUUACCAGUUACAAACCGUCACGUAUGGGACUGCAUCUGCUCCAUACUUAGCAACGAAGGUUUUACAGCAACUUGCAUUGGACGAGGGAAAGAACUUUCCUUUGGCAUCCAGAGCCGUUCUUCAAGAUUUCUACAUGGAUGACUGCCUUUCUGGUAGUUCCAACUUGAAGGAGUUUUUGAAUCUUCAGUCAGAAUUGACGCAACUUCUCCAAAAGGGCGGCAUGAAUUUACACAAGUGGUGCAGCAACGAAGGUUCUACGACCGAACUUCAGGAAUUUCCUCUGGACAGAAAUUCUGAAGAAAUUGUAGUAAAAACGCUAGGAAUGCUUUGGAAUAGCUCAAGUGAUUCAUUUAUGUACAAGGUUAGCAACAAUCCAAAUCGCAAUUUUACCAAACGAGAUGUACUUUCGGAAAUCGCACGCAUCUACGAUCUACUUGGACUUUUAGGCCCUGUCAUCUCCAAGGCAAAAAUAUUUAUGCAACAAUUAUGGCUACUUAAAUUAGACUGGAAUGAAACGCUCCCUCCAGAAAUUGCGGAGCAAUGGUACAACUUCGUCAAAACAUUCCCUGAGUUACAAUCUAUCCAAGUGCCUAGAUGUAUUUUAAAAUCCGACACCAAGUCUGUUAUACUUCAAGGUUUUUCAGAUGCAUCUUCAAAGGCUUAUGGAGCAGUUAUAUAUGUGAAAACUGUUUCUCAAACCAACGAAAUAAAGAAGCAACUUCUGUGCAGUAAAUCACGAGUUUCCCCGACCAAAUUCAUGAGUAUACCUCGUCUUGAGCUUUCUGCAUGUUUGCUUCUAUCCAAACUUACGCAAAAAGUCUUAGCCGCUAUUAAAUUGCAUAUAGACUCUGUGGAACUGUAUUCAGACUCUACUAUUGCGCUAGCAUGGAUUAAUACCUCUUCGAGUCUACUCAAAACCUUUGUAAGCAACCGGGUAUCGCAAAUCCAGCAAAUGACAAAGAACUUCCAAUGGUCACACGUUUUAUCGGAGGAUAAUCCAGCCGACAAGAUUUCACGUGGGAUGGAUGUCCAAUCUCUUGCUACUUGUGAACUGUGGUGGAGUGGUCCGAAUCUUGUCAAGCAGAACUUAACUGAUCCGCAGACUUUGAAAAAUUCCAGUGACUUGGCAAAUCAACUCUACACCGAGGAGCUUAAACCUGUUUCCCAAGUGACAUUAACUUCUAGUAGUGACUCUAACUUCUUUGACAGAUUAUUAGAUAUCACUAACAACUUUCAAAAAUUAAUUAGGGUUCUAGCAUUUAUUUUUAGGUUUAGCAGAAACUGCAAGUCUCCUGUGAAACAAACAGGUCCGCUCACGCAUGAAGAAUGUGUAAAUGCCGAAAACCAUCUCUUAAGGGGUUAA